AUGGGUGCAAGCUUUGCUGAUUUACAGAAGCCACAGGAAGAACUGGAUGGAAAGGCAUGUGCAACUGUUGGUCAGAGUGGUCUAAUGGCUUUGUAUGAUGCCUUAUUCACUCAGCUGGAUGUGGCAUCAUCUCAACUUGUUGUGACUGAUAGGGACUUCAAGGACCCAGGUUUCAGGGUGCAGCUUAUUGAUACUGUGAAUUCCUUGUUGAAUCUCAGAGUCGUUCCUGUUUUCAAUGAAAAUGAUGCAAUCAGUACCCGUAGAGCUCCAUAUGAGGACGCAUCUGGUAUAUUUUGGGAUAAUGAUAGUUUAGCAGCGCUACUGGCUUUGGAGUUGAAUGCUGAUCUCCUUGUAUUGCUUAGUGAUGUGGAGGGCCUACUUAGUGGCCUACCUGGCGAACCUCAUUCCAAGAUCAUACACACAUACAUUAAGGAUAUACAUGAGAAGGAGAUUACUUUUGGGGACAAAUCAAGGGUGGGAAGAGGCGGUAUGACAACAAAAGUGAAGGCAGCAGUUCAUUCUGCUGAUAGAGGAACUCCGGUUGUGAUCACAAGGUGGUUUCUAUGGAAUAACCCUAUUGUAAAGGUGGUUCCUAUGAGAAAACCCUGGUGA